AUGGCUGUUUACCAUGAAGGUGGAUUUGAUGCUCACUUGGUUGAACCUGUCAAUGAUCGAUGCACAUGCCCCAUUUGCAACUUGGCAGCACGAGAACCAAUGCUGACCAAGUGUAGUCACCAAUUUUGCCAGGAGUACUUGAGGCACCGGCGUAGUGUGGCCCUCAAGAAGGACCUGAAGAAAUCGCAAAAUGUUCCUAGACAACAUGACGAAACCUGGCAAGGUGAACUAAGACAGCGUGAUGAACACAACCAGGAAUGUGGCUAUGUAGUUGAAGUGUGCAGCAAUGAUUGUGGAGAAUUGGUAAUGAGAAAGGACAUGGACUAUCACAAGGAGAGUAGUUGCAGUCGAAGAAUUGUGGGUUGUUACUACUGUGAUACACAGCUGGAAUAUGGACAGUUAACUGUUCACUAUAAGAUGUGUGAUAGUUACCCUGUUGACUGUCCUUAUGAGUGUGGAACGCAGGUUGCUAGGAAGGACGUGGAAAUGCACAUCAGCAGAGAGGGUGUAUGCCCCACCAGUCCUCUACAGUGUGAUUUUGCAUCAGCGGGAUGCCAUUUGGCUAUGCAAACAGUGAGCAAUGUACAAGAGAUAUUGGCAAGUGCUGAAGAGAAGCAAGAACGAAUGGAGACGAUGUUGUCAGUUGCUGACGAUGAGUUAUUCGGUGUUAAGGAAAAGCUGCAACAGACAGAAAGUUUACUGUUGGCAGCAAACUAUGGGUCAUUUAUCAAAAGUUUGGGUGUUGAGUGCAUGGACCAUAAACAGUCAGUGGAGUAUGUGAGCACUUUACUGGAUAAACUGAUGCAAAUUUUAUUUGAAAUGGGUGGCACUUUGUAUACCUGUGGAAGAUAA